CGUUUGAAGAGCGAGGCGUUACGUGUGUUGUUUGGGGUGUGUUAGCUGCUGCUCUGCUUCGUCGGCUGAACGAGUGACAAGAAGAAGCACAAGUCGCUCCGCGGAACAGCAUUGCCGGAAAAUGCUGCCCUUCGUCCUUUUGCUGGCCGUCCUGAGCCCUGCUCUGGCUCAGAGAACUCCGACCAUCUCUUACAUAUCCCAGGAGCAGAUCAAAGACAUUGGAGGCACAGCGGAGCUUGAAUGCUCAGUGCAGUAUGCUCAGGACUUUCCGGUGCUGUGGAUGAAAGUGGACAAGCAGAGCGACUCCCUGCCCAUUUCCACCGGCAGUACUCUGAUUCUGAGGGACAGUCGGUUCUCCCUGCGUUUCGAUUCGGCCAGCUCGACCUACACCCUUCAGAUCAAGGACAUCCAGGAGACCGACGCGGGCAUUUACCAGUGCCAGAUCAUUAUCCAGCUCAACAACAAGGUCUCUGCCGACGUCGACCUGCUGGUGCGACAGCCGCCAGUCAUCUCGGACAACUCGACAAGAGGCAUCGUCGUCAAGGAGGGACAGAGUGUGCAGCUUGAGUGCUACGCCGGCGGCUUCCCGCUGCCCAAGGUCUCCUGGCGCAGAGAGGACAAUGCCAUCCUGCCCACUGGUGGCUCUAUUUAUAGAGGAAACAUUUUGAAGAUCGCGCAGAUCCAGAAGGAAGACCGCGGCACCUACUACUGCGUGGCAGAAAAUGGUGUCGGCAAGGGUGCCAGGAGAAACAUUGCUGUGGAAGUGGAGUUCGCACCGGUCAUCACCGUGGCUAGGCCGCGACUGGGCCAGGCGUUGCAAUACGACAUGGAUUUGGAGUGUCACAUUGAGGCCUAUCCUCCCCCAGCUAUCACCUGGAGCUACAAAGACGUCCAGCUCUCCUCCAACCAGCACUACGCCAUCACUCAAUUCGCCACCAACGACGAGGUGACUGACACCACCCUGCGUGUCCUGUCGAUCGAGAAGCGUCAGUACGGCGAGUACAUCUGCAGAGCAGCCAACCAACUGGGCCAGACCGAAGCUCGAGUGCAACUGUUCGAAACUACCACCCCAUUGUGCCCUCCUGCUUGCGACCAGACCAGAUACUCCGCGGGGGAGAUCAGUGCAGCCAUCAACUGCAUGACUAUUCUAGUUAUGGCCGCUAUUACCUACUUGUGGCGCCUGUAAAUGUUCAGUAGACUGUAAUUCCAAACCUGCGCUACCGCAAAGUCUUCAGCUACAGCAACGGCGCGUCAUUUCUCAUGAGUCAGGUGUUGCUGGUGGUCACAGCCAUUUUGGCAGCUCAACUGUAAUCAUGCAAAUUGUGAAAAAAAGAAUCUGUUUGAUGCCAAAAUAGCGCUAAUUGGAUGUAAAUUGAAAAAAAUGUAUUCUUUAACUGUACAAAACAGGUCGAGAAGUCUGUUGUAGUCUUUUAAAAUACCAAACGCACGCUACUACACCACUUGAUUAGAACAAAUCGUACAAAGAAAAGACACUUGCAUGCUUUAGAACUCAUUCUAAUUAUAAUCGAUAUUCUAUGCAGCUGAGAGUCCAUGAGUUGAGCACAAUUUAUUUGCAACUGAUUCCCUCCUUUUAUUGUUGAUAUUAUAUUUUCGCUGGCACCUACAACUCACUUUUUCCUUAUUAAAGAGAAAAAAUAUUAUUCAUAUUAUGUUUGUAGUUAAAGCUCAACACGAAGGAUAUCAUGUACAGUAAGAUAUUUUUUUAUCUUCCGCUUUAACGCCGUCUUUUAAUAGUUGACAGUUAGCUAGUGUUUUAACAAUUCUGACACAGUGCCCUGAUGCAAACCUAUAAGAAUGCAUUGCAUGCCUAUGCUACGAUCUGACAACUGAUAUUAUCAGUAUUGAUGAAUACAUACAUCUAAUCGAAUCUAUUUUCCUGUAGAUUGUAAACAAAGUUUUAACCGAUUGGAAACCAUGUUGCCACACGGGUUUAGGCUUUUAACGGAGAAAAUUUAACUUGAAAAGUGUUUGUCGUAUUUGAUACCUUUAAGGACCAAACAAUACAUUCCAGAUAUCGUGUUUGAUUUUUGAUCAUUUCUCGAUUGUUGAUAAAAUUAUUUGUUGUCUAAAAGAAAAUAUGUGAUUUUUUCAUAAAUGGCAGGUAAUCUGUUUUAUUUCUUGAAUUUCUUGUGAUCUUGAGCUAUUUUUUCCACAGUAUAUGUUUUGAGGUUGCAAUAAUUUUAUAUUUUCUUAAAAUUUAGUUAUUUACUUGCUUAGCAUACAUGUGACUGGGAUUUUGAACCUUGAUGUGAAUAAAGGAAUGCCACUUUCAUAAAAACAUCUCUGCUUUUUAUUUCAAACGAACACGAGGAAGCAUAAACGAAAGAUAAUUAGUUCAUUGUCAAAAAUUCAUGAGGUGUCCCAUCCUUGGAUUGUUUACUGCGACUCGACAAACUGAUAUUGCGCGAAACCUUUUCCCAAUUUGUACCUGCGCGUCAUCCCGCGCACCUGCAGCUAUUCAGACUCGUUAUAGAUUAUUAAGUUGUGCAUAAUUGUCGAUUGUUCAACAGGUGACAAUCAUGUUAUUUCCUGUAACUUCGCGAGAAUUCCCUUUAGUUUUUGCAAUUAACCUUCGCGUGUCCACUGGCUGCGUCAGGGGAAUUACAGUCACGUGACCCGAGGAGCAAAUAAUUCGCAAGAAGCAUAGCGGAGACUGCGAGUGCAUCAAGUCAGUCGUCGCUCGGUGCUCGCGUAGAAAAGCGGCUGCUUUCACUCCUUUUUCGCAGUGCGCGGAUUAGUAAUCAGCAGGAUUUUCAUAAACAUCAGUCAGCCUUUGCAAAAAUAGACUACACCGGCAGACGUGUGUAUAGAGCGACGAAAGGUGGUGCUUGAGGUUUUCUUCCAUGAGUCAGACGCGGUCGUCGUUGAGGAAGGAAAUCUAUAUUCAUAGUAGUUGUGUGGAGACAAAUAGACGAACAGGAAGAUGCUGGGAUCAACGCUCUUGAACUGCUCCCUUAUCUCAGUGCUGCUGCUCGGUUUUGCUGCACAAACAUCACUAGCGCACAUAUUCAGUAAA